GUUUCGUUAUCUUGCAUUAUAUAUUUCAAAAUAUAUAUAAUACGAAAAAAAAAAAAACAACCUAAAUGAAAAUUUGUUCCUAAUUGAGUUAAAAGGAAGUAAAAAUCAAUAACAUUUAAGAAGAUGUUUAAACCCAAGUUUUGUAAAUCAUCUCCAAACUUAACGUUAAAUUGUCCGAUCCCUUUUGGUAUCAGCGACGCGAAAAUCGGAAGUCCGGCCGGGAUUAUUAUGUUAGAGGAGGAUAAUUUCAUGUUUUUAACACCAAAAGAAGGUAAAGACAUAAUUCAUGAUAUAGAGGUACUAAUAGAAUCCCUUGGAUUAAUGGGUGAUUAUAGAAUAACUCAAAGGAAGGAAAGCCAAAACCUCGUUCGACGAAUCAAGAUUAUGCAUCUUCUUUUGGAGGAGAUUAGACAGAUUAAUGCACCAGCUCUUUCUAAUUCAGCUCACGCUUCCUUUUGUAAUUUGAGAAAAGCUCUUCUUUCUGCUAAAAAGUUGUUAAAAACUUGUUCCGAGGGUAGCAAGAUUUACCUGGCACUUGAGCGCGAGGCCAUUACCGGAAUAUUUCAUUCAGUUAAUACAAAAUUAAGCCAAGCUUUGGAUGACAUUCCUUACAAUGAUCUUAACAUAUCAGAUGAGGUGAAAGAACAGACGGAGCUGAUGGGGCAACAACUUAAGAGAGCCAAGAGAAGAACAGACACACAAGACUUGGAGUUGUCGAUGGAUAUGAUGGUUGUGUUUAGCAAAGACGAUGACCGGAACGCGGACAUUGCUAUCAUAGAGAGGCUAGCAAAGAAGCUAAACUUAAGCACAUCUGAGGAAUUGAAGGAAGAAAGUAAAGCUGUUAGACGACUUGCAAAAGAUAAAAGGGCUGAAGAAAAUAUGCAACUUAUCUUAGAUGUGCUUAAUAAAUUCAAACAAAUUGCUGGAAUCGACGAAACCAAUCUAAUGCUUGAAGAUCAUACUAUUAAUAAGCCAUUGGAACAACAACAACAACAACAACAACAACAUCAACAACACCAACAACAAACUAUCAAGAUCCCUACUAUAGAAACUCCACAAGAAUUUCUUUGUCCAAUUACUUUAGAAAUCAUGACUGAUCCUGUUAUUGUUGCCACCGGACAAACAUAUGAAAGGGAAAGCAUCCGAAAAUGGCUAGACUCAAGUCACAGAACAUGUCCAAAAUCUGGACAAGUAUUAGAACACAUAUCCUUAGCACCAAACUAUGCACUCAAGAACCUAAUCAUACAAUGGUGUGAGAAGAACAAGAUUCAAGUAACGCGUAAAAAAGAUGAAUCCUCCAACCGUAAUAAAACAACAACCACCAAUGACCCUUCCUUACCUGAACACAAAUCAAUCAUCAUUUCACUCAUCAAAGACCUUUCCUCAACUCACCUUGAAAUUCAACGAGAAGCCGUACAUAAGCUCCGAUUACUCUCUAAGGAAAGCCCUGAAAAUCGAAUCCUUAUCGCCGAGAGUUCAGGGAUUCCUCCCUUAGUCCAACUCUUAUCAAAUCCAUACUCAAAAACAAAAGAACACGCUGUUACAACUCUACUCAAUUUAUCAAUUGAUAGAACCAAUAAACAACUCAUAACUGAAUAUGGAGCAAUCCCUACUAUUAUAGAAGUCCUUCAAAAUGGUAACGUAGGAUCCAAAGAAAAUGCAGCUGCAACUCUAUUUAGCCUUUCAAUGCUUGAUGAGAACAAAGUGACUAUUGGAUUAUCUGAUGGAAUACCCCCAUUAGUUAAUUUGUUAGCUAAUGGUACAAUCAGAGGGAAACGAGAUGCAGCUACUGCGCUUUUUAACCUAAGUCUGAACACCAUGAACAAAGCCCGAGCUAUCGAAGCAGGGAUUGUUAGACCGUUGUUAAACUUGCUUGAUGAUAAUGAGUUAGGAAUGAUUGAUGAGGCCCUUUCGAUUUUGUUGCUUCUAGUUUCACACCCUCAAGGGAGGCAAGAAAUUGGACAACUUCCUUUUAUUCAAGCAUUGGUUGAUUUUAUGGGAGGUGAUGGUACACCAAAAAAUAAAGAAGGGGCAGCAGCAAUAUUGCUUGAGUUGGGGUUAAAUGGUGGAUCAUCCUUCUUGCUCGCCGCACUUCAAUUUGGGGUUUAUGAAUGUUUGGUUCAAAUUUCACAGAGUGGGACUAAUAGAGGCCAAAGGAAAGCUUGUUCUAUUUUGCAGCUUAUGCGUCAAUAUGAACAAAUUCCUUGAUAUCAAAAACUAAGUAUUGUUAUAUAUAGGAGUAUGUAUCAUGUUUGAUUUUGCACUAUAUAUAUAAUAUAUAUAUGCGUCAAUAUAUCCUCUUAUGUAUCCUUCACUUCUCCGCAUACGAGAAUAUAUGCCUUGUUGUAUAUUGUAAAACGCGGCAAAUUCUUGUAAUCGGACUAUUUGUUGCACCAUAUAUAUAGAAUUUUGAAAAAAACACAAGGUCACCGUGUAAAAUUAAACACGCACAAGACUAACACAAAGCGAA